GCCUCAUUUCCCAAGUUUUCUUAUAUUCUUCCUUCUCUCUUUGAUCCAAGACAGCAAUGAUUCCCAAGCUUUUAUUAUAUAUAUACAAAAGAUGGGGGCUAAAAGAAAAAGUUCUACCUCACAUAAAUCUGCACUUCUUAAACAUUGCUCAUCCAAACCCAGAAAGAAAAAUCAGAAUCAAGACAAUACAACCUGCAGAGUGCAGAUAUGGGAGUUAGAAGUUGGCGCCAUGUGUUGUUCUCCUUGUGUCUUCUCUUCAAUUCAGGUCUAUGUAAAGCCACAACACUAAGAGAAGAAGAACACCAAGAAAUCUCAUAUGAAUUUGGUACCAAGUUGGAUGCAGUUCCUGUAGUAAACCCUACAACUCCAGGCACAACAAAUCCAUACCCUACACUAAACCCAACAACUCCUCAAGCACCUGGCUCAACAGGACAAACCCCAUCAACCCCACCCACAACCCCAUACAUGACCCCUAUAAACCCUUACACAAACCCCACAACCCCGAAAACAAGCCCUACAAACCCAUACACUAACCCUACAACUCCAACUAUGACUCCACCUAGCCCAACUACUACUCCCACAACCCCAACCACUCCUACUACUGCAUCAUCAGGUGGUCAAUGGUGUGUUGCAAGCCAAUCAGCUGCAGAGAACACUCUGAAGGUGGCUCUUGACUAUGCUUGUGGCUAUGGUGCAGACUGUUCUGCAAUUCAACCUGGAGCAAGCUGUUACAACCCAAAUACUCUGAAAGACCAUGCUUCUUAUGCAUUCAAUGACUACUACCAGAAGAAUCCUGCUCCUACAAGCUGCGCAUUUGGAGGAACUGCCACACUUACAAACAAGGAUCCUAGUAAUGGGAACUGCCGCUAUACAUCCUCCAAAACACCAAGCAUGACUCCACCAACACCAACUUAUGUAAGCCCCCCAAAUCCACCAAGCACCAUGACCCCAACAACACCAACUACUAUGACCCCAUCUGCACCAAGUACUAUGACACCAACUACACCAGGUAUCAUGACCCCAACUGCACCAGGCAUGACAACAAUUCCUGGUGGAGCCUCAGUCUAUGGUACAGGACCAGCAGGAAGCCCCAACACAGCAACAUUUGCUUCACAUUCUGAAGUGCUUCUACUUACCUUAUUUGGCUUGUGGGCUUCGCUUCGUGUAGAAAAUUACAUCUAGAUGAUAAACAAGGGACACUCAUUCAGUAAUUCUUUAUGUGAUAGACUAGAACUCCCUCAGUCUUCAGCAGCUUUUGCAAGACUACACAAGGAGGCAGAGUCAACAUGGUGUAUUUGUCAUAUGAAUUCUCUCCCCCAUUAAAAUUAGUACUAUCUUGCAAAAAUGUAUCCCCUUAGUAGAUCAUAAAGCAUGAGCAAAAUGGUAGAGCCAAAACGAUUUAUAGGUAGACAGGUAUUUUACAGUAUUAGCAGAGAAUAAAAAAUUAUUAGACUAUCUACUAUUCUACUUCCAUUUAUAACUUCUUCCACAGAUAAUUCAUGAAACUAACAGAAGGCUGCUUGAGAUGAAUCUAUCUUAUCCAA